AUGGAAAAGCCCAACGAUGACUCAGUGGGAUAUAUUCCAGCCACUGUAUAUAGUUUCACGCCCCGAACAUGCAAGUUAUGUGCAGGAAUAUGAAAGAUGCUAGACGAAGUAGCAUCCAUUUCUCCAGGUUGUAGCAGUUGUAUUUGUUUGAAAGUUGCGUCGAACGUUGUUUCAAUGCAUUUAGCGGACACGCCCACAGCGUUGCAGAGCGGAGAUGCCUCAUUUUAUAUACUGGACAGAUUUUUAUUUAAAUCACACAAAUUUGGCAGGGUUGUUAACAACACUUCUGUGAUGUGUCGGAUUUACAAGCCAUUUCUUUUCACUUGAAUAUGGAUUUUUAAGGUUUCACUGGUUCCUUGGCCACCAUUUUCACCAGAUGUUUGUCAAGUUGUAAUGAACUCUGCUGUCGUGACGGCGCAUAGAUUAAUUUAUCCGAGCUGCUUUCUCGUAGCGCUCACCUCCCUCUGCAUCCGCUACCAUAUGGGCUCUGCCUUCCUCCUGGGGUCUGCCUCGGUGCGAAAUGAAAAGUCCUUGGCACCCUCCAUCCCUGCGUUUCACAGAGAGGCAAUUUUGUCUAAGAAAGAUCUUUACCAGAGCCGUCUUGUUCUUUUCCUCUCCAGCAAAAACAACAGACGGCUGCCAAGUGCCGUGUAAAUGGGACUUAUACAUGAAGUGGGCGAGAGGGAGAAGUUGCCCCCCCAAAAGGGGGGGAGGGAGGAAUUAAAUAAUGAAAUGCCUCAUUUGACACUGGCUCUGCACUCCAACUUGUCCUCCGGGCGAAUAAAUCAUGCAGGCCGACCGAGCUAAAAGAAGAGGUCACGAGAACUGCUGUGAUGAGCUCGCCAGCGCAGGUGGACUGUUAAGCGCUCAACGCAGGAAGUGUACGUGAAAGUGCAACUAUGUGACGGCAGCCAUUUAAAGAUGCGGCCACACAAAUCCCUUUCCAGCAGACAUUUUUAUGACCGCAUGCAAGUCAGAAUCAAUUCCUCCUUUUCGCUUCCAGUCCAUCCGUAAAAACACUUUUGAGCAGUCCAUAUGCAGGGGUGGAGUACAUUAGAAUUGCAUUACAUAAUCGUCCUCUAUGGCUUUUGUAAUGGAUCAAGACUUAUAGUCCAGCAGAAAAAAGAAAUGACUCCGUAUAACUUACCAUCCAUCCUCGGCCGUCAGCUCGUCGGCCUGCAGCACAGUCAGCUGUUUGAGAGCGUUGCACAAUACUGGUCUUUGUUCCUUCCGUCUGAGGGGGGCUUUGUUCGGCUCUCGUCCAACCUGUCCGGCACGGAAGCUCUCGCCAAAAAGCUGAGGAGGGGACAAUUGGGAAUAUAGUUGGCAACGUCAAGUCUCACCGGUGGCCUACAACGUUAUAGCAAACUCGCUAAAAGCCAAUGUUAUAUGCUUUGGAAUUUGACCAAUAUGUGGUCGUUAAGAACAUGAAAAGAGGAGAGCCAUCACCUAGGCCUACAGCUAUUGAAUAUUUGUAGAACUCAUUGUUGAUUCAUUUGAUUUCUUAUUUUCUUUUAUGACAAGAAAAUGUGCUUGUGAGGUACAGGUCUUAUUGUUUAUAUCCAAGUAUUUGGGUUAUUCGAUGAAUCGUUUCAGGCCUGCUGGUAACAUAAGGGGUGUCGGGUUUUUGUUGUUGUUUUUUUAAAAGAUGGACACUAGUUCAAGUAUUUCCUACAGGAGAAAAUGUCUUGGAAUUCAAACAAAUGUAGGGUUGACAGUUGAUUUGCCACUCAGGGACCGUGUGAAGGGUUUUGUCUCUGUCGGGUGUGAAAUUUAUUUUUGUCAGGGGCUACAUUGGUGGUACGUUUUCCCUCAGAGGGCCGUUAAGACUUGUGGAAACAUAAACGUUUCAUUGCCUCAUCAUAGAAUUACAUACACUCAACAAAUUGAAGGAUAAGAAGUCAAGGGUCAUAGGUUGUUCAACUAUCGAUAAAGUUACUGUAAAAAGAAAUGCUUGUAACAUCUCAUUUAUUACAGACGACGAAUUUAAAUUUGGGUUGAUUUCAGCAAGAAUCGUGGGAGUUGAUGCAAAUGAUUUGCUUUCGCGGGCCACAUAAAAUGAUGUGGUAGGUCGGACGUGGCCCACGAGCCUCGAAUUUGACACCAGCGCUAUACGUGCUCCGUGAUUGACUGGCGACCGGUCCAGGGUGUCGUCCGGCUUUUGCCCGAAGUCACCCGCGAUUGGCCCCAGCUCCCUGCGACCCUCAACGAAACGAGCGGUUGAGAAAAUGGACGAACUGUUGAUGAGACCUCGUCGGUCCAAAAUUCUUGACUCGACUUUCCGGUUAAGGACGUCAAGUCGGAUUCCGCUGGUCUCUUUUGCGGCAUUUGUUCCGUAUUUGCCCGUCAGAUGUUUACCAUCUCCUGGACAACUUUCGAAUAAAUGUCGUCAUUCGCCAGCCGCGCCAAAAACAGUGCGACGGCAGCAGAAUCUGCGUGCGUUUAGGUUUGUCACUCGAUAUCCUUGACAAGACAAAAAAACAAGCGCAGAGUCGUGAUGUGCAACGAUUCGCACGGGUAGCGGUGGACGCUUUGCCGCACGUUUGGUUUCUCACCACCGGGGUCAUCAGCGUUGAAGUCAUCUCACGGAAAAACAACAAGCUGUUGUUAUGGAGAUGUCGGAUGACCAGGACGGCAGAUGUUCCCGUGGCCGCCAGAAAGCAUGACGUCGCUGUCAGCGGCGGCGGCGGCGGCGGCCGGCUCGGACAUGAUGCCGGGACAGAUACCGGACCCUUCGCUGGCGGCGGGCUCCCUGCCCUGCCUGGGCCCGCUGGCGGGCAUCUCGGCCACCACGCUCACCGACCGGCUGAAACUGGCCGACUUCCACCAGCUGGGGGCCGUGUUCUCGCCGCUGCAUUUCCUGGGGAGGCUGGGAAAGCGGCCGCUGGCCAUCAAGACGGAGAUGGACGAAGACGAAGAAAGGAGGAAACGAAGGCGAGAGAAAAACAAAGUAGCGGCGGCGCGAUGCCGAAACAAGAAGAAGGAACGGACGGACUUCCUUCAGCGGGAAUCGGAGCGUCUGGAGACGGUCAACUCGGAUCUGAAGGCUCAGAUCGAGGAGCUCCGCCUGGAGAGGCAGCAGCUCAUGGUGAUGCUCAACCUCCACCGGCCCACCUGCAUCGUGAGGACCGACAGCGUCAAAACCCCCGAGAGCGAGGCCGACCCCCUGCUGGAGCAGCUGUCCGCCGACGCCGAGUGAAGGCGGGGAAGGACUCCAGAGUCCCCCUGGCACCCAUCCUGAGUGCCAAUUUCCCAUUUCUAAGUAAGCGCUUGAGCUCCGAGCCGGACACUUCCGGAGACCCUGCCCACAGACCCGCGGUCAUCUGCGAGUCCUGCUAACGCGAGCUGGCUCUGUCCACGGCAAGACUGGAAAGACCCCAAGUAUCAUCUCCGGUUUCUUCACCAUAUCGUUGUUGUUGACACCUGCUGUGCCUCGUCGCAUGAAACAAACAAAAAGGGGACCAGUGGAAUCUGGGGGGACGACGACGACUGCAAACAUUGUUGAGGAAUCUCUCCCAUCUCAACACGGUGCUCUCUUGUUGCGUGCAAUCGCGUCGGUUUGCUUCGUACGCCGGCCGAGCGCACGCGUGGACUUUUAGUGUACGAUACCGAUACUUUUUUUUGGAAUGACUCUCAUACGCCGCCCGCCAACAACGGCGGUUUAGCGGUUGAUCCGACUCGUGGUGACGCUGGCGUCAUGAAAAAAUAGCACAUAACGCAAAUGUUUACACCCGUGUUUGUCCAUUUAUUAUUGUACUUGUUUUAUACCGCUUUGUACACAUUAACGCGUAUGAAUUGAAAUGCCCGUCGAUCACUUGAUGUGAUUUAUAUUAAAACUACAGUGUGUCUUUUAUCAUGUUGCGCUGUCAAACAGCUGUGAAAACAAAAAGUUAUGUUUCUUGUUUUCUUGGGUUUUUUUUUUUAAAUUUUUUUUAUUUCCCCCCUUUUUUUGAGCUGAGCAGUAUUUCAAUGUCUGGACAUGUAUCUGCCAUGUAUGACUCUGUUAGCCCGAGUAGAUUA